AUGAUCGAUAUCAUUUUUUUUAGGAGGCCACAAGACGAAAAAUUAUUAAUCAAGUUAUUAAAUAACUCACUCAUUUAUUCAAUCGAAGGUUACUCUUAGAUAGAAGCAGAGAUCUCUUGUCUUAUACCAAAAAUGAUCUACAUAGAUGAUAUUAUUAUAGCUUAAGAGGAAUUAGUAACAAAAGAGUAAUACUUUUAUAAUCUACUUUAUUUGAGUUUCGAUUUUAUUAGAAGGGGUUGAAGUUUUUUGAUAAUUUAUUAGAUGAUAGAAAAGAUGAUUAAUUAAACUAAUACUUUAAAACCUAACUUCCAUAUAAUUUAUAAACCUACUUUGAACUUUUUGGAUUUGCUUAUUUAAAUUUUAUCUAAAAGAUUGUUGAUUACUCAAAGUAUAUUGAUCAAAUACAGAAUAAACAAAAAUUAAAGAAGAUAUCCACUAAAGUAACAAAUGAUUACCUAACACCUUAUUUAUUAUGUAAUUUAACAACAAAUAUUAUAGUUUGGAUUCUAUUUUGGCAUCAAUUCAAUAGCAAAAUUAUUUUAAAUUAGACAAAAAUGAUUAAUCAUAUUCUAAGCUGCACCUUAAAUUGUUAUAUUUGA